CAAGCGGACCGUUGACAGUCGAAAAGCAAUCGAAGUUGAAGAAGCAGACAAGAAAAAGGGACGUCAGAGUUAAAAAAAUGUCGGCGCACAGCGGAGGUACGGAUUGGAACUCGGUUGUAAAACCACUUUUAUCCAAUCGUACAAGUGCUUUAAACAAAAAUGAAAUAUCAAAUUUACUAAAAGCGAUUACCAGAUGUGAACAUGAAUUUUUUGAUGAUGAAAGCAAUUAUACACAAUUUUAUACUGCAUUUGCGGCUCUGGCUGCCGAUAAGCUCAUGCAAAUCAAGUCAAUCUGUCAGACGCAAAUUUCACAAUUGCACGAUGCGAGUGCGGUGCUCAUACGGUUUAUACUAUUCCGUUUGCCGAAAGUCUCAGUGUAUGACAUCAAAUGGCUGCUGGUCGCACUCAAAAUGUUGUGCGAGGGUCGCGAGAGUGUCGCCAAUGGUACGGGUUGCACCCAAUUCGAUUACAAUACCGUUGCAGCGGUGCUGAAGAGCGCCAAGCAUCCCGAAUCGAGCAGUAAGAGCCUGAGUAGCAGCAGCAGCAGUGCCGGCAGCAGUGGCGUCGGCACCGACAAAGACUCGCCCAAAUCGGAGAUAAAACGUUCGCGUUCCGAUCUAUCAACGGUCAUAUUGCAACAGUUACUGGCUCCCCUAGAGCCAGGCAAAAUGACAUGGGUGCCAUUGAGCGAGGAGAUUAGUGAUUGCACCGAGCAACUGCUUGCGGCCAAUGUGGAGUACUUUCAGGAGCAGAACGGCGUCGAUACGCUGCUCGAUGUGGGCGUUGGUUUGCCCAUACUGAAUCGUUAUCGCUCCAAAUAUCUGGAGACAAUUGUGGGUGGCAAGGCGUUGUAUUUGCCACUCACUCAAGUAGAGGCUAGCACUGUUAAAUCGGCAAUGGCACACAUGUUAACCGAUUUGUCCAUUUUGGGGCAGGCACAUUCACUGAUUGCCCUGCAACCCUUGACACCGAGUCGCAUCGAGAAGCUAUCGAUGUGCGGCAUUUCGGCACUAUACAAUGCGGUGCUGACUUCCAUAGCGGCCAGUGUGCUGAGCAUGUGCCAGGUCAGCAGUGGCUCGCAGAAGCAGCAACAACAGCAGCCGUCAGGUGUGGCAUCAACUAGUCAGGGCACAGGCAGCAUCACCGGCGGCAACAGUAAUGUGCCAGCAAGCAGCAAAGAUCAUGAUGAUUUCGAGGAGCAAGCGUGCACUAUUGUGAAUAAGGCGUUGGAGAUCUAUACGAGCAUUGGGGAUAUGUUUAAGGCCUCUGCACGUAUGCAUGUCUAUCAGAAUCAUUUGUGCUACGGCUCUUGGCUGCUCAUCAGUGGCAUACAGGGUGCCAUGGGUGCCUCUGGCAGCAGUGCAGCAACUGCUAAGCCAACGUCAACUGCAACAACAACAUCGACGACGAAUGCAAAUGAGGCAACAGCCGCCCCCAGCACACCCAUAGCGCGUGUUAAUCUCUUCAAGGUACAACAGGGCUUCGGGGAGUUGAAUGCAGCAAUUGCUAAUCACAGCAUUAAGCUGCUGUCGGAGCUCAUCGAUGAUCUAAAAAUUGAAACAGCCUGCAACAACAGCUGCACAAGUGGCAAUAAUAAUUGCCUGGACGUCGAACCGGCUCAAUUUGAUAUACUGGAGAAUUAUAGUGCAUUGCAGCGGAUUGUUCGUGUCCUGAAUACGGCGACACUGCAUCAAUUGUUCACGUUCCUGGCAACUGUGGCCUAUCGCAAGGCGUGCACUCUGAAACGUGCCAAUACCAAAGAUCGCACCGAAUGCGAACCGAUUAGUUACUCGGAUUCGACAACCUAUUUCAAUGAUUCACUCUCCUGCUCCGACAAUUCCGAGGAGGAUGACAGUGAAAGCUAUUUGGGUCACUGGUUCAAGGAGACCCUCUCCCCCGAAACGCACGAUGAUAAUGCCAACACAUGCACCCAGGAGCGCAAUGGCGAUCAGAAAUCGGCACUUGUCCCGAAACUGGAUGAACCGCAUGAAUAUUUGGACUUGGCAGCGGAUAUAUUUUGUUUCCUCGAUCAAUUCUUGGCCAAUCGUCAUGCGUAUAUGCAGCGCUAUGUGAAAGCGGGUGUCAGUGAUCAGCAGAUGCUGCUCAUGGCCAACAUAAUUAAGGAUUUUGAUCGUGACGUGAUGCGCCAGGAAGGUGGCAACGCCGGCUCCGCCUCUAGUGGUGGCUCCGGUGAUUGCAGCUGCUCCAAUUGGCAAUCGGCAAUGAUACGUUUCUCCGGUGCUGCUGGUCGUUAUAUACACAACUUGAUCUCGACAUCGUUGCUCUCGGAACAGCUACAAUCGAAUCUGUUGCAGCAUUUGUCAAUCUCCCCCUGGUCAACCGAUACGAACAGUUGGCCGCUGCAGGUUUACCCGAGCACAUUGUCGGUGCUCGUCCAAAUACUGUUGCUGAAGCCCACCCAGGAAAAGGAGGCUGCCUGCCUGUCCGUUUGGCAUCGUCUCAUCAAUACGCUCGUCGAGGGCGUCUGCUCAUCAUCGACUGCCAGCGACGCGGACUUUGAGGAUCUAAACAUUGAGCAUGCCCAAUUGCUGCUGUUCCUCUUCCACUCGUUGAAUCUGAUGCAAAAAAAAUCGAUACUGCUGUUGACGGCUGGCGGUGUCAUUCGCUGUGCCGAUGUCUGUCGCGGCAUCAGUGCUGAUCGCACUGUCCGCAACAGCCAAAUGAUGCUGCUAUCGCGUCUCCUUCUCUUCCUGGAGUAUCUAAUGAAGCAUUUGUAUAAUGCACCGCCCGAGCUGCUCGAUCAGGUGCGCUGGAAUCUGUUCAGUGUCAGCAGCAUGCCCGAUACGCAAAAGAUCACAGAUCUAUUGAACAGUCGCACCAAACUCGGCUGCUUCUGUCGCCAGGACAUUGAGCUUAAGUUUCGCAAUUCCCCAGUCGGUGACUUGAACUCGAGCAUUCGACCCACUUUCUAUUCGCUGGUCACUGCGGAUCCGAUGAAGCCGCAAUGGGCUCAGGAUUUCAAAUUGGAUGGUUUGGCAUGGAAUUUCAUAUUGUGCACGCCGGACAAGCUCAAGUAUCCGUUGCUAGUGGAUGCACUCAUCGAUAUAUUGGCCAUUACGGAUAUGUCGGCUCUGUGCCGCGACAAGGACAAUCUGCACAAUUUAUGCGCCAUGCAAUAUUGUUUUAGCAUUACGUGGAAGCUGUUGCUUGGGUUGCCGCCAUCCACAUCACAUGUGGAGUCCUUGAAAGUGGAUCGUGCACCCAAUCUGCACUCUUUGCUGUGGAGCAUUCGCUGUCCAUUGGCCAGCUCGCAUUACCUGGUUGUUAAUAGUCUCAUCAAGCAGGGCAUGUACACCCAAUACGCGGAGACGCUCUGGGCUCAGGUCGGCGAUCGUACGGCCGAUGUGCGCUACAGUCUCAAGCAGACAAUGCUGGGCGUCGAGGCGUUCAACAAGCAACUGAACAAAGCUUCACCAAAUCCACGUCUGUCCGAUCUAAUCCUAUUCGAUGCGCUGGUUGCUCACAUGCAGGCCGUGGCCUGGGCCGAUAAGGAGGGCUACAAGCUGCUGCGUAAGGAGAGCGACACAGACAGCAUCACUUCCGAGAGUCGGGAGCGUGAGAACUCCAGUGCAGCCACAGAUCCCGAGGUGUAUUCCUCCAGCGAAUCGAUUGAUGAUCAGCAAACCAAACAAUCGGAGGACAGCACAUUGACGCCGGGGGAGUUGCUCGAGCGCACACAGCUUAGCAAUGAGCUGCUGAUCAAACUCAUGGACUCAUACAGCCUCAUCUCGAAUAUUGUGCGCGCCCAGAUGCUGAAGCAGUUGUCCAGUUCGACGCCGGAACAGGCGCUCAACCUGAUUGUGCCUGUGGUGAGCGAUAAGCCGGCAAUUAUGGUUGAGUUGCAUGCAGCUUUCCUCAAACUGCUGCCCAACGAGGAUAAGCAGCUGAUUGCGAACGAGUGGCCCAAAUGUCUGCUGGUCAACGAUGAUGCCUUCAACGGGAAACAACAUCCCGUCGAGCCGUACACGCUGAGCGUCAUCGAUGCCCACAUCACCGAAUUGACCAAAUCAACGACCUAUUCAACGCUGCACACGCUGAAGCAUUGCCUGAAAUCCAUAUUAAAUCUGCUGGAACUAUUGCUGCCGUUCUGCACAUCCAUAUCGGAUGUGGAGUUACAGCUGAAGCCGCUGCUUAUCGCCUCCAUGAUGGACAUGCGCACCGAUUAUCUGCAGAGCCAGAGUGAGCAGUGCCUCCGUGAAAUACUCCACGGCUUGACGAACGAGGCCCACAAGCAGCUGCUCUUUGAGCACAUGAUUGAGCAUUGUUAUCACAUGCUGAUUGAUUUUGCCGGAGAGUUAAAACAAACCACAACAACAACAACAUCAACUGGCAUUGCUACUGUUGCUGUUGCACCCGAUCAGGAGCAACGUGCUCUCUUCAAUGAAUCCAUGCUGUUUGCUGUGCUCAAGACAAUGAUUAAAAUGUUGGAUGUGCCAACAGCUGUGCAGGCGAUGCGACAAUUCUUCAAGGAGCAACGUGCGGGCAGCUUAACAACGUUGUUGCUUUCGUUUACGGGGACAACGCUGCCGCUGAGCUAUGCCCGCAAAAUGUUGCAAUUUGUGGAGCGUCUGUUCGAGCAAUCUGCCCAGCCCGAUGCACAGUUUCAGCAUGAGGAGCUGGUCGAUUGUUUUUCGGAGCUGGCCAUCGUGGAUGUGGCACGUUUAAAACUUUGGCUGGCGCACAUUAUCUACGGUCCGAAUGUGGUUGCCACAAAUAAUAGUAGCUGUGAAGCUUCGUGCAAACUGCUCACCAGCAUUAUGCAGCCGUCGAGCAGCUCCAGCAGUAAUGCACAGACACCAACGAACAUGGCCACUGUCUCUGCUAUGCCGAGUAUAUCGGAUCAAUUAGAUGCCAUGGAUAUUGAUUAUGAUUGUGCGGGCGCUGGUGCUGGCAAUGCCAAUGCAACGAAUGCAGCCGCCAAAUGUUUGAGUCUGUGGCAGGGCAACAAUCAGGCCAACAAUCAAUCGGAGGAUUCUUCGCAGGCCUGCGAUCAGCCCAGCGCCAGUUCGCAUCCACGCAAUGGCGCCUUGCUGCUCAGCUUUGUCAAGUCGCUGGUGCGUGAGCAGCCGGCAGCGGCACAGCUGGCACCGCCACUCUUCCAGGCCCUGUUGCAGCUGGGCCAGACGCUGAUAACGCCGCCACAGGAUGGCUGUGAUUUUGCGGAUGUGUUGCAGAUAAUGAUAACGCUGGCGGAUGCGGCCCCGGCACGUGGUCACGUGGCGUUGUUCAAUACAACACUGCUGUGGCUGGAGUUGGCCAAGCUGCAGUUGCCGUACAAGCAGCUGCGACACGCCGAAAAUGUGAGCGCCCUGCUCCGGUAUCUCAGCGAGCUGCUGCAGGCCAUCGGUUAUCGGGGCAGUCGACAACAUAUGCCGCCCUGGGAUGAUGAGCUGCAGUCGGACAUCGACGAGCUGUACGAUGAGCUGCAGGAUGAGCAGCAGCAGGAGCAGGACUCAUUGCUCGAUGACUCCGAUGAGGAUACGCUGAACAACAAGCUGUGCACCUUCUCGCAGACCCAAAAGGAGUUCAUGAAUCAGCAUUGGUAUCACUGUCACACCUGCAACAUGAUCAACACCGUCGGCGUUUGUUCCGUCUGCGCCCGCGUCUGUCACAAGGGACACGACGUCAGCUAUGCCAAGUAUGGCAAUUUCUUUUGCGAUUGCGGCGCCAAAGAGGAUGGCUCCUGCCAAGCGCUGAGCCGCCGUCUGCCCACCAACGGUUGCGAUUCACGGGACGGCUAUGUCUCGGCUCAUAUGAGUCUGCUGGCCGCUGGCAGCAAGAAGCGUCAGUCGCCGCCAAACACACAGCUGCGCAAGGAUUCGCUGAGCAAUGAACGCAUUGCGUUGCUCGGCAAACUGCUCGAGCCGCAUCGUGAGGCACUGCAGCAUGCAGACCAAUGGCAGCUCGUCGUUCGCUGCAUUCUCGAGUAUUUCGAUGUGUUGUUGCCGUCGAUACGCGAAAACUGCACCCUCUACUCGAUUGUGGGAUGUCACAAGCGUGCCACCGUCGCGCUGGAGCGACUGCAUCAACUGGAUCAGAGCUUUGAGGUGACGGAUCAGCUGAUGUUUGCCACGCUUGGCUCCCAGGAGGGCGCCUUUGAGAAUGUGCGCAUGAACUACUCGGGCGAUCAAGGCCAGACAAUCAAGCAUCUAAUCUCGUCGGGCGUGGUGCGUCGCGUCGCCUUCUGUUGCCUGUCAUCGCCGCAUGGCAGGCGCCAGCAGCUGGCCGUGUCCCAUGAGAAGGGCAAGGUGACCAUACUGCAGCUGUCGGCGCUGCUCAAACAGGCGGAUGCCUCCAAGCGCAAACUGACGUUGACCCAGUUGAGUUCGGUGCCAAUUGCAUACACUGUACUCUCGCUGGCCGCGAAUCCGUGCAAUGAGGAUUGCUUGGCCGUCUGUGGCUUGAAGGAGUGCCAUGUGCUGACCUUCUCCAGCAGUGGCAGCACAAAUGAACACAUUGUCGUCACUCCCCAGCUGGACAAUGGCAAUUACAUCAAGAAGGCUGUGUGGCUCCCAGGUUCGCAGACGUUGCUCGCCUUGGUCACCUCGGAUUACGUGAAGAUCUAUGAUCUCGCCGUGGACACGUAUAGUCCAAAAUAUUAUUAUCUGGUGGCCGUGGGAAAGAUACGUGAUUGCACAUUUAUGUAUCAGGAGGAUGCAUAUUAUAUGCUCACCUUUGCCAGUAGUGGGUAUAUCUAUUAUCAGACGCUCGACGAACAAAGUCUGGCGAUACACGGUGACUUUUAUGUGACGAAUACGCUCGAGCUGAGCCAUCAUCAUAUCAAGGAUGUGAAUGGUCAGGUGGGCGGCGGUGGUGUCUCCAUUUACUACUCCCAUGCACUGCAGCUGCUGUUCUACAGUUAUGCAUCGGGUCGCAGUUUCUUCUCGUCGCUGACCAACGUGAAUCAGGGUGUGAAAGGCAUUUAUCAUCUGGACACCAGUUCGGCGGUGAGCAAAUCCAAGGAGGGACCUCUCCAGCCACUAGUACAAUGGACCGAAGUCGCUGGCCAUCCGGGUCUAAUCUAUGCCAAUAUGCAGACAUCGAAUAAUCCCAUAAUAUUGAUGCUGACACCGGAAUUGAUUUUCAUGCAGGAGAUCAAGGCACAGUCGGCCAAGUCACGCAUCAUGGACGUGGUGGGCAUACGGCAUUCAGUUGCCGGCACCGAGAAGACAACGCUGCUGCUACUCUGCGAGGAUGGCAGUUUGCGUAUAUUCUCCGCCCAGCCGGAACACACCAGUUUCUGGCUAUCGCCACGCGUUCAACCGCUGGGCAAUCAAUUGUACUCGGCCACAUUGCUGGCGAAGAGUGGCAGCAGUGCCUCCGUCAGUCCCAAGUCGUUGAGUAAGCCCAACAAGCUGCCACGCAAAGCGGCCGCACUGCAAAAACAACUGACAUCCAAUGGUCUGCCAGUGUUUCCCAUCGAUUUCUUCGAGCAUUGCAAUGUGCUGGCGGAUGUAGAAUUCGGUGGCAAUGAUCUGCUCCAGAUCUAUAAUAAACAAAAGCUGAAGACACGUCUCUUUUCCACGGGCAUGUUUGUGGCGAGCACACGCGCCAAUGGCUUCACCCUGGAGGUGCUCAACAAUGAUCCGAAUGUCGUCAUGGUUGGCAUACGCGUGCUGCUCGGCACACAGGAUACGCAGCGUGCUCCCCAAUCCGUUAGCAUAUUGGGACGCACAAUUCCAACGCCAGUGCGACGUGCUCGCUGGUUCGAUAUACCCCUAACCCGUGACGAGAUGCUCCAGUCGGAUAAGUUGCUCAAGGUGUGCUUUGCCAAAUCACAGGAUCCGGAGAAUGUAACGCUGCUCGACUGCAUCGAAGUGUAUGGCAAGUCGAAGGAGCUUGUCGGUUGGCCCGAUGACAGCGAGGAGUUGCCCACGUCAGCAAACGUGGCCAAUGCAGCCACAGCAACUGUUUCCCCGGCAAGUGCAGCGAAUUUCGGUGAGGGUUUCAAUAGCAUUACCCAGCUGGAUCGCAUGUGCACCCAUCUGCUCGAGGUGCUCGAUUGUGCACUGAAUUUACUUGGCAAUGGUGGCGCUGUCGCCGCUGCCAUGCGCCAGAAGGCAGUGAAGACGGCCAGCGCUCUGCUCCUGCUGCCCACACCCAAUCCCGUGCAGACGCAGGCACGUUACGUGCUGGCCACAAUGUAUGGCAGUCGUGGCGCCUAUCAUAGCUACAAGGAUAGCGUUCUGCUGCAAUUUGUACAUGGUGAAUUGCAGGCGAUGCAACCGAAACUCACCCAGCUGGACACACUGCAGGACAUCGAUCCGGAAGCGUUUUAUCGUCUCAUUUUACUUGUGCGUGGCAUUGCCAAUGCACGUCCACAAUCGCUGGCCAAGAUUUGUGCCGAAUGCAAUUAUGAUAUUGUGCCGGCGCUCAUGGCCAUGGUGCUGGAGCUGCACAAGGUGACGCCCGCGUUGGAUGAGCCCACAAACAUUGUGCGUCGCGGCCUGUGCCAGACCGAAACGAUUGUCCAUUGUCUGGUGGAGAUUAUGUAUGGCUUUGCCUUGGCCGAUGCCAGCCAAGUGGGCCGCAUGACCAAGUACUUUAUUGAGCUGCUCAAGCAUGACGCCAGCGUGAUUAGUCAUAGCGCCAAGGAGGCCCUCAUCCUUCUGCUCAGUCCGCGCAUCAAGCGGCACAAGGUGGCCAUCGUGACCACACCGCCCGCAUGCUCCACGCCCACCCCAUCCACAUCGGCCAUCAACACGAGCAAUUUGAGUGCACUCCAGGGUGCUGCUUCACAGGCCGCCAGCGAUAUUAUUGAGGAGGCUGCUGCAGCAGCGGUUGAUGCAGCCGCCGCUGGUGUUGGUGUUGGUGCCGGUGGCGCUGACGCACUGCUCGAAGCGGAGGCAGGCGUAAAUCAGGCGCAGCAGCAACUGCUGAAUCUGGAAGCGUUCAUGGGUGGCGGCUUUCCACGGCUGCUCGGCCUGCCCGAGGAUGCAGAUGAUGAGGCCAUCAUGGAUAUUGCCAUUGCGCUCAGUCUGCAGCAGCAUAGCGGAGAUGCAAAUGCACUGCAAUCCCUGCAACAAGGAUUGGCCAAUUUACAGGGUAUACGUAUGGCUGCAGCUGCCACUGCUAAUAAUGCGGCUGUAAGUGGCGGCGAUGCGACCGGCUCCGAUGAUGAUGAGGGAUCCAAUGUGGCCACAGAUGGCUCAACGCUGCGCACUUCACCCGCUGAACAGGCGGGCAGCGGUGGCUCCGAGAGCGGUGGCAGCGGUGUCGAGAGUAUUGGUGGCACCUCCGCCCGCAGCAGCAAUUUCGGUGAUCAUGCAAAUGCCUCACCGCCCCGUCAGAGCAAGGAUCAGGAACAGGAACAGGAGCAGCCGGGCACGAGCAGCAGCUGUGUCGCUGCGCUCAGCGCAAUGAGCAGCACCGAGGACAUUGAGAUCAAUGAGGAUGAGAAGCUGAGCAAACUGCACGAUCUGAGAAUUGCCGUGCUGGAGAGCAUCAUUGCGCAUCUGGACACAUUUGAUCUGUGCAACGGCUUGCAAGCUAUACCCCUGAUUCAGGUCAUACUAAUGCUGACCACCGAUCUAAAUGGCAACAAUGAACGGGAUCAGGAAGUGCUCCAAGAACUGCUCGCCGCUCUAGUCGAAUAUGUGGAGAUUGGUCAACGUGGCGCAGCUGCCAGGAUGGAAAACAAGUGCCCCAUCAAUGAGGUGCGCCUGGCACUGCUCUCCCUGUUUGGCGUUAUGAUGGGCAAGACCAAGUCAAAGCAGACUGGCACCACAUCGCCACCGCAUCAGUUCAAGGACAACAGCUCGUUUGUGGCCAGCACCACGGCGAAUGUGCUGAGCAAGUGUGGCGCCUUUGUCUAUGCAUUGGAGUCGCUCAACAUGCUGCUCGUCCACUGGAAGCAAGUGCUUGGCGAUCCCUACGCUGCUGGCGGCACUGGCGGCGUCCAGCCAUCCAAUGUGGCCGGCAACGGAACAGCAGAUCAACUCCUAAAACCUAUCAAGCAUGGCCCUAAACCGGAUAUAUCGAUACUGAUACCGCAUAACUAUUUGAAAAACUAUCCGGAUAUUUUUGAAUCGUAUGACGGCCUGCUCACCGAGAUCAUUGUGCGUCUACCGUAUCAGAUUUUGCGGCUGAGCAGCGCUCACCCGGACAACUAUGACAGUGGCUUCUGUGAGGCGAUGACCUUCACCCUGUGCGAGUACAUGAUGCUCAAUCUGAAUGCGCUGCUGCGGCGCCAGGUGCGCAAGCUGCUCAUGUACAUCUGCGGCAGCAAGGAGAAGUUCCGCAUGUAUCGUGACGGGCAUUCACUGGACGCACACUUCCGCGUCGUCAAGCGUGUCUGCAGCAUUGUCAGCACCAAGAGCGGCGCUCCUUACAAUUCAAAUCCGCCAAUGCUGAGCUACGAUGCGCUCGUAGAGCUCACUGAGCAUCUGCGCACCUGCCAGGAGAUCAGCCAGAUGCGCACGGGCAAUUGGCAAAAGUUCUGUGUGGUGCACGAGGAUGCGUUGGCCAUGCUAAUGGAGAUUGCCUGCUAUCAGCUGGACGAUGGUGUCUCACCCAUCAUUAUACAGCUGCUGCAGGCGGCUGUUUGCAAUUUGCCACAGCCCAUUUCGGGGGGUCUCAAGCAGCAGCAGCAGCAACUGCCGCAAGCCUCGUCGAGCAGCAAAAUGCGCAGCGAGCGCGAGAAGAGCGAGGAUACGGAUACCGCAUACUACUCCAAAUUUGAUCCGGCACAGUGCAGCACAUUUGUGCAUCAGAUCUUUCGGUAUGCGAGCGAUGCGCUCAUCAUACGCUUCGUGCGCAUCUUUCUGCUGGAGAACAAUGCCAGUCAGCUGCGCUGGCAGGCGCACUCAUUCAUGACCGGUCUCUUCGAGCACGCCAACGAACGGCAACGCGAGAAGCUGUUGAGCAUCUUCUGGAAUCUGUGGCCACUGGUGCCCAGCUAUGGUCGUCGCACCGCCCAAUUUGUUGAUCUGCUCGGCUAUCUAACGCUGAGCACGCGCAGCACCACCGAUCGUCUGCCCGAGUUUGUCUCGCGGGCCGUUGAAGUGCUGCGCCAGCAAAACGAGCUACUCUGCAAGCAUCCCAAUGCACCCAUCUAUACCACACUGGAGUCCAUACUGCAGGUUAAUGGCUAUUAUCUGGAAUCGGAACCGUGUCUGGUGUGCAACAAUCCAGAGGUGCCGAUGGCAAACAUAAAGCUGCCCUCGGUCAAGUCCGACUCAAAGUAUACGACAACCACAAUGAUCUACAAGCUGGUGCAGUGUCACACCAUCUCCAAGCUAAUCGUACGCAUUGCGGAUCUCAAGCGCUCCAAAAUGGUGCGCACUAUCAAUGUUUACUACAACAAUCGCAGCGUGCAAGCAGUUGUCGAACUGAAGAAUCGUCCGGCACUGUGGCAUAAGGCACGCACCGUCUCCCUGCAGUCGGGACAGACUGAGCUGAAGAUUGACUUCCCGCUUCCGAUUACUGCAUGCAAUCUGAUGAUUGAGUUCGCUGACUUCUACGAGACGGUCAGCGGCAGCAGUGAGAAUUUGCAGUGUCCACGCUGCAGUGCAGCGGUGCCCGCAUAUCCGGGCGUUUGUGGCAAUUGUGGCGAGAAUGUGUUCCAAUGCCACAAGUGCCGGGCCAUCAACUACGACGAAAAGGAUCCGUUCCUGUGCCACUCGUGCGGCUUCUGCAAAUAUGCCAAAUUUGAUUUUAGCAUGUAUGCACGAGUUUGUUGCGCCGUCGAUCCCAUUGAGUCUGCCGAGGAUCGGGCCAAGACUGUCCAGCUGAUACACAGCUCGCUGGAGCGUGCCGAUCGCAUCUACCGCCAGCUGUUGACUAAUAAGCAAAUGCUCGAGCUGCUCAUCCAAAAGGUGGCCGAGCAUCGCAGCAGCGAUCGCCUCGUCGAGGAUAAUAUGGGCAGUGUGCACAGCACCUCGCAGGUGAACAAGAUCAUCCAGCUGCUCGCCCAGAAGUACUGCGUCGAAUCGCGCACCAGCUUCGAGGAACUCAGCAAGAUUGUGCAAAAAGUCAAGGCAUGCCGCAGUGAACUGGUUGCCUACGAUCGUCAGCAGCAGGAUCAGCCGGCAGUUUCGAGCUCAGGUUCGGGCGCUGAGUCAAGUCUGACCACAAAUCGUUGCUAUGGCUGCGCCUUGGCCUCCACCGAACAGUGUCUGACGCUGUUGCGUGCCAUGGCCUAUAACUAUGAUUGUCGCGUUGGCCUCUACAGUCAGGGCCUGGUCAGCGAGCUGGCCGAGCACAAUUUGCGACGUGGCACACCCCAAAUCCAGGAGGAGGUGCGCAAUCUUCUGGUGGUCCUGACCAAGGACAAUGCCGAGGCCUGCAUGCAUCUGCUGCAACUGGUGACGACCCGUGUCAAGAAUGCGCUUAUGGGCGCCAUACCCCUAAUCAGUCUGGAGGCGGCUGUGCAUCAGGAGAUGAUGCUGCUCGAAGUGUUGCUCGGUCAGGAUGAUGUCUGCUGGGAGUUCAAGCUGAAGGUCAUCUUUGAACUGUUUAUCAGCAAUUGUCGUUUGCCACGUGGUCCGGUUACAUCGGUGCUGCAUCCUUGUCUGCGCAUCAUGCAGAAUCUCAUGAGUCCUGCACUGCCAGCUAACAAAAAUAACAAUCUACAACAGCAGCAGCAGUCGCAAUCGCAGCAGCAGCAGCAACAAUCGCAACCACAAUCAGCGCAGCAGCAGCAGCAGCAACAGCAGCAGCAGCAGCCAUUGGGUCCGACGGAAUUGUACAGCGUGAAGCUGGUCGAGGGGAAUACCAUCGACUAUCGCGCCUGGCUCAACUCGGAUCGUAAUCACGAGUACAGCGCUUGGAGCAGUCGCAUGCCCACCAAUAAAUAUCAGCGUCAGGAUGGCGGCAAACAACGCAACAGCAACAGCAGUGGCAAGCAACAGCAAUCUGGCGAUGUGCCCGCCAAGGGUGGACGGCGUGGAGAUGUGCACUCCACAUAUUUGGCCGAGAAGUAUGGUCUGCGCUGGCGUCAUCUGGUGUUGGACAAGGAGAGGGUGAUUAAGCCGCUGGUGUUCAAUGCCAAAUGGAUACAGCCCUUGCUGUUCAAUGCCAACUCGAGAUUUGGACGCCAAUUGGCGUGCUCGCUGCUCAGUGGCCUGUGCCGCACCAGCGAAAGGAAGCAGCAAGCGCUCAACAUGCUCACCGACUUCCUGCGCCAUGUGGGCGAGGCGGGUGAGGCGAGUGCCGAGUUCCUGACCCUCUACAGGAGUGUGGCCACAGAGACGCCUUGGCUGCAAUAUCUGGUGUUGCGUGGUGUGCUCGGCGAGAUCUCGCAACUGUUGGCUGUGGAAAUUGGUAAAAUUCAUCGCAUGGAGGAGCAUUCAUUGUCCUCGGAUCUAUCGCUCGGCUAUGCGUUGCGUCAAUAUGUGGAAUUGCUGUGGCUAUUCCUCGAGUGCCCCAACAUACGACGCACGUACAAGACACGUCUCCUGGGACCCGUCCUGCAGAGCUAUCUGGCGUUGCGUAGCCUGGUCGUGCAGCGCACCCGUCUCAUCGAUGAUGCGCAGGAGAAGCUGCUCGAAAUGCUCGAGGAGAUGACCAGCGGCACCGAGGAGGAGACGCGUGCCUUUAUGGAGAUUCUCAUCGAUACCGUGGAGAAGACGCGCAUGAAUGACAUUAAGACACCUGUCUUCAUAUUUGAGCGCCUGUACUCCAUCAUUCAUCCGGAGGAGCAUGAUGAGAGCGAGUUCUAUAUGACGCUGGAGAAGGAUCCGCAGCAGGAGGACUUCCUGCAGGGUCGCAUGCUCGGCAAUCCGUAUCCCUCCAGCGAGGUGGGACUCGGUCCCCUAAUGCGCGAUGUGAAGAACAAAAUCUGCACAGACUGUGAACUGAUUGCACUGCUCGAGGAUGACAAUGGCAUGGAACUGCUGGUGAACAAUAAGAUUAUCAGUCUGGAUCUGCCCGUCAAGGAUGUGUACAAGAAGGUGUGGCUAGCCGAAGGUGGCGAUCGAGAUGCCAUGCGCAUUGUGUAUCGCAUGCGCGGUUUGCUGGGCGAUGCCACCGAGGAGUUUGUGGAGACGCUGAACAACAAGAGCCAGGAGCAGGUCGAUACGGAGCAACUGUAUCGCAUGGCCAAUGUCCUGGCCGAUUGCAAUGGACUGCGUGUGAUGCUCGAACGGAUUGGCAGCCUGCAGCGCAUCUCGCGACAGCGUGAACUCAUCCAAGUGCUGCUCAAGCUGUUCCUCAUCUGUGUGAAGGUGCGUCGCUGCCAAGAAGUGCUCUGCCGCCCCGAAAUUGGCGCCAUCAAUACGCUGCUCAAGGUGCUGCAGAUGUGCCUGCAAUCCGAGAACGAUUCCAUACAAUCGGCCGUCACCGAGCAGCUGCUCGAGAUUAUGGAGACCAUACUCUCGAAGGCGGCCAGCGACACCCUCGACUCGUUCUUGCAGUUCUCGUUGACCUUCGGUGGUCCCGAAUAUGUCAGCGCUCUGAUCUCGUGCACCGAUUGCCCCAAUGUGCGCAACAAUCCAUCUGUGCUGCGUCAUCUCAUUCGUGUCCUUGCCGCGCUCGUCUACGGCAACGAAGUCAAAAUGGCGCUGCUCUGUGAACACUUUAAGCACACCCUGGACUUUGAUCGCUUUGACAAUGAGCGCACCACCGAGGAGGAAUUCAAGUUGGAACUGUUCUGUGUGCUAACCAAUCAAAUUGAGCACAAUUGCAUUGGUGGCACACUCAAGGAUUACAUUGUCAGCCUGGGCAUUGUGGAGCGCGCACUUACCUAUAUAACGGAGCAUGCGCCGUGCGUGAAACCGACACUCCUCCGCACCGACUCCGAUGAACUGAAGGAGUUCAUUUCGCGACCGAGCUUGAAGUACAUUUUGCGCUUCCUCACCGGUUUGGCCAAUUAUCAUGAGGCCACCCAGCUGGCCAUUAGCAAGGAUAUAAUACCGAUUAUACACAGGCUGGAGCAGGUAUCCAGCGAUGAGCAUGUCGGCAGUCUGGCCGAGAAUCUGCUCGAGGCACUCAGCACAGAUGCGGCGACAGCAUCUCGGGUCCAGCAGGUGCGCGACUUUACGCGCGCCGAAAAGAAACGCCUGGCGAUGGCGACGCGUGAGAAGCAACUGGACGCACUGGGCAUGCGCACCAACGAGAAGGGACAAGUGACAGCCAAGGGCUCCAUACUGCAAAAGAUCGAGAAACUGCGCGACGAGACGGGCCUCACCUGUUUCAUUUGCCGCGAGGGCUACGCCUGCCAACCGGAGAAGGUGCUCGGCAUCUAUACGUUCACCAAGCGCUGCAAUGUCGAGGAAUUUGAGUUGAAGUCACGCAAAACGAUUGGCUACACCACCGUCACCCACUUUAAUGUGGUGCACGUCGAAUGUCACACAUCCGCCAUACGCCUGACGCGUGGUCGCGACGAAUGGGAACGCGCCAGCCUGCAGAACGCGAAUACCCGUUGCAAUGGUCUCUUACCCCUCUGGGGCCCCGCUGUUGGUGAGGCUGCCUUCUCCGGCUGCAUGACCCGACACAGCAGCUACAUGCAGGAGAGCACUCAGCGCUGCGACAUCUCGUAUACGAGCAGUGUGCACGAUCUGAAACUGUUGCUGGUUCGUUUCGCCUGGGAGCGUAGCUUCCACGAUGAUGCCGGCGGCGGUGGUCCACAAUCCAAUAUGCACUUUGUGCCCUACCUGCUCUUCUAUGCGGUCUAUUUGCUGCUCUCGUCACGCUCCGCCGCACGGGAUAGCAAAACACUGCUCAACUAUCUGACGGCAGCGCCGUCGGACAAAUGGCUCGAAUGUGGCUACGAGGUGGAUGGACCACUGUACAUGCUAACCAUAUCGCUGUCGCUGCACAGUCGCGAGCUGUGGAACAAGCAUAAGUUGGCGCAUUUGAAGCGUCUGCUGGCGGUGGCACAGGCGCGUCACGUCUCCCCCUCGGUGCUGUGCAAGGCGCUGCUGUCUCCGGCGGAUCGUCAGACCAAGGAGUAUGGCGUUUAUAAGCCGUUCCUUAUGAUGUGGUCACUGGUCGAUUUGAUCUACAAUUCGCUGUUCAAGACGGUCAGCACGCCCAAGGAGGAGGAUUGGCCAGCUUCACUAUUUGAAUUUAUACGCAAGAAUGAUGAGGUGAUGCUCAAGUCGACGGAUAACAUCCUGCAAACGUUGACCGAUGAGUUUUUGCCGUGCACCUCAUUCGCCGAGUUCUGCGAUGUGGCUGGCUUGCUAAAUCAGAUCGAGCAACCGGAUAGCUUCAUUGACGACGUACUCGCCGCGUUGCCCAGCACUACAUCAAGCUCUAGUUAAUUUCAUGGCAGAAGAUUUCAUCAUAUUUAACAAUGGAAUACACAGACACACACGUAACUAAACAUUAACCAGCGAUCGCUGUAGUUCGCUUAUAAGCGUAUUAAUAUACUUAUAUACAUAUAUAUAUAUUUAUCACCGUAACUGUUUAAUCAAUAAAAUUAUUCGUUUGCACAAUGA